AUGAAACGACAUGGCGACAUCAUCAGGUUUCACCACGUCCGCGUCGCGCGAACGAGCUUGCUUGGGGGCGUCGCGGUGGUGUCGCCGGAGGGGAAGUAUUCCAGGGUCCCUGGGGGGCAGAAGCAGUCGUACGGCUCCAUGCUCGCCGUCCGCGCGAACAUCGUCAUCAACGCCUCGAGAUCUCUUGCUCGAGCGCUCUCAAUCGCCUUUCGCUUCGGUGCCGUGAGGACACAGGGUUACGACGAGAGAGAGGGCGCGUCGCCGGGGUCGGAGAGACAGGUGUUGGACUACCCCACCCAACAGCGGGUCCUCUUGCCACUCCUGGCUCACGCCUACGCGCUCCACUUCGCCGGACAGCACAUGAAGUCCGCCUACCACUACUACCUCGACACCCAAGACGCGGAAGCCCUUCCGGACUUGCACGCCACAAGCGCUGGGCUUAAGUCUCUCGUAACGCAGAGUGUAGCGGACGGCAUCGAAGCGGCCCGCAAGAUGUGCGGGGGGCACGGCUACUCCCAGUUCAGCGGCCUGCCCGACCUUUCCUCGGGGUACCUUGCGCUCGCGACGCUGGAGGGCACCCAGCAGGUUCUGGAGCCUCAGACGGCCAGGCAUCUGCUGCGCUCCCUCGCCGCGGCCCGCAAGGGCAAGCGCUUGAGCGAGGCGUUCUCGUACCUCUCCCCGUCUUCUACCCAACAAGGCGCCGCAACCACCACCACCUCGCCCGCCGUGAGCGUGAGGAUAGGCGCCCAACUCAGGAGGCCGGAGACCCAGCUGCGACUGUUCCGCGGCCGCGCCCGCGCAGCGGUGUUGGCGGCGGAGGAGGCGGUGCAGCGGGGGGGGAAGGGGACUGCUGGAGCAGGAGGGGGGGCGGCGGCUGGGCGGGAGGCUAUGGUAGGGGCCGCGGUCGAGCUUGGGAGGGCGACCCGCGCGCACUGCCAGCUGCACCUCGUGGAGAGGUGCAUGGCGGGCGUGGAGCAGCAGCGGGAGGCGGCGGCGGCGGCGGCGGCGGCGGCGAGCGGGGAGGAGCUCAACACCCGCGAGGUCAACGUCCUGUCGUCGCUGAGGGACUUGUUCGCGCUCUCCAUCGUCGAAGAGUGGUGGCCGGGAGGGCUGGGCAAGACUUCGACGCACUGCGUGCUGAUGGCGCAGCUCGUGUUGGACGGGAAGGUGCUCGGGGUGCAUCCUUUCUUCGUACAGCUCCGCAGCAUGACGGACCACAGCCCUCUCAAGGGCGUGGCGAUCGGAGACAUCGGGCCCAAGCUCGGCUUCAACAGCACCGACAACGGCUUCUGCAGGCCUGCUGUUGCUGCUUGCUGCCUGCCACGCUGGUGGGCGGGGGGCGAGGGGGGGUCUUGA